AUGGCUAUGUUCCCAGGAACGGUAGCCUUUGAUGAGUAUGGGCGUCCAUUUAUAAUCUUACGUGACCAAGAAAGGCAAAAAAGGCUAACCGGUACAGAUGCCUUGAAGUCACACAUACAAGCGGCCCGUCAGAUAGCUGGUAUUCUCCGUACCUCCCUUGGGCCUCGUGGCUUAGACAAGAUGAUGGUGUCAGCUGACGGUGAUGUGACAGUCACCAAUGAUGGAGCCACGAUCCUGAAACUUAUGGAUGUAGAGCAUCAGAUUGGCAAGUUGAUGGUACAGCUUGCUCAGAGUCAAGACGAUGAAAUUGGUGAUGGAACAACUGGAGUUGUUGUCUUGGCAGGUGCCCUUUUGGAGCAGGCCUCUAAUUUGCUCGACAAAGGCAUUCAUCCAAUUCGUAUAGCUGAUGGGUUCGAAAUGGCAGCAGCUACAGCGCUAGCACAUUUGGAGUCUGUUAGUGAAGCUUUUCCAGUGAACAAAGACACUAGAGAGAAUUUGAUUAAGGUUGCCAUGACCACCCUUGGAAGUAAAGUGGUGGUGAAAUGUCACCGUUUAAUGGCUGAGAUUGCUGUUGAUGCUGUAUUAUCAGUGGCGGACUUGGAGAAGCGUGACGUCAACUUUGAAUUGAUCAAAGUGGAGGGCAAAGUGGGAGGGCGCAUGGAGGACUCGAUGCUCGUCAGGGGUGUGGUCAUAGACAAAACAAUGAGCCACCCACAGAUGCCUAAAGUGUUAAAGGAUGUGAAACUGGCUAUUCUUACCUGCCCAUUCGAGCCACCAAAGCCUAAGACCAAGCAUAAGCUCCAAGUAGGCUCCGCUGACGAGUACCGAGAGUUGCGCCAGUACGAACACGACAAGUUCCUGCAGAUGGUCCGGCAAGUUAAGGAAGCGGGUGCGACUCUGGCUAUAUGCCAGUGGGGUUUCGACGACGAAGCUAACCACUUGCUGCUGUCGUCUGGUCUGCCGGCCGUGAGAUGGGUGGGCGGGCCGGAAAUGGAGCUGAUCGCCAUCGCCACCGGUGGCAGGAUCGUGCCACGGUUCGAGGAACUGACUCCUGACAAGUUGGGCACAGCUGGUCUGGUGCGAGAACUUACGUUCGGCACGAAUAAGGAGGAAAUGUUGGUGAUUGAAGAGUGUUCAAACUCACGCGCAGUCACUGUACUGAUGCGAGGCGGCAACCGAAUGAUAGUGGAAGAGGCGAAGCGGUCUGUGCACGACGCGUUAUGUAUAGUGCGCAGUUUAGUGCAGGACUCCCGCGUUGUGUACGGCGGAGGCGCCGCUGAGAUAUCUUGCUCGCUGGCGGUAGCGCGGGCGGCGGACAAGCUGUCUUCAUUAGAACAGUACUCGUUCAGGGGCUUCGCUGAUGCCCUGGAGGCGGUGCCCCUCGCAUUGGCGGAGAACAGCGGUCUAUCACCAAUAGAUUCCUUGUCUGAGGUGAAGGCCAGGCAAGUGACUGAAAACAAUCCUAACCUCGGUAUCGACUGCAUGGGCAAAGGUUCCAACGACAUGAAAACAAUGAAUGUUAUUGAAUCACUGCAUUCUAAAAAGCAACAGAUCGCUUUAGCCACACAGCUCGUCAAGAUGAUCCUCAAAAUAGACGAUGUCCGCUCACCAGCCGAUUCUAUAGAUUAAAAAAGAACCAGUGGCUGUCAAUAUUUUUAGCGCUUAAAUAUAAUAUGAUACUUAUAAUUCAAGUUUGCGUUUUUAAUGUCUGUCACAUAUUUGAUGAGAAACUGACUAGCAAACUUGGCGACUAUCAAUAUAUUAUCUUGCUACCUUCAUUUAAUAUUUUCAUUGUAUACUAUAAUUUGAAUAAACUGUUAAAAGGUUGAUAAACGCUGGAUAUAAUAACAAAUGUAUCAGCAGAAUUGCUGCUUUUAAUCACAUUUAUUUAUGAAUUAUAAUUUAAUAAAAGAUUAUUGAUGCAAUAUUAUGAGGGUUGGUUAAGUGGUAAGCUCUUGAGUUAAUUCACAUAAUUUUUUGCUUACAAGAACAUUUCGAGUUGUCACAACUUAUUUCAAUACUUCAAUAAAGUAUUAUUUAAUUAAC